UACCUACCUACCUUGCUUGUCUGAAGGUUUCCAAUCUGUAAACCUUCUGAUCAAUGCCGAAACAAGAAGGCUCUGAAUCAUUGCCAAUGACCGUUCACAUUUGUGGGGAGACUUACAGAUCCUGAAGAAAGAGCUACCUAGCCACCCAAAUCCACCCGGACAAGGCUAGAAACAAGGCGAUUCCCCUGAAGCCACGUACAUCAGAAGCUUCCAGCGCCCACCACUUGGGUCACCCACCACCUCUCCCAGAGGCAGGCUGCCAUUUUCCAACUCCACAUCCAUAACACACCCAACACAUUCUCUGCGAUCAGGAUGAUUCGCUCAACACAAAUAGCAAGGCUAGAUGGGCUCAUGCUCUGCGCCUCCGUCGACGAUGAACAGACCGAAUCCACCCUCUCAGAAGUCAAGAGCCAAGUAAAGCUCAUCCUCCGACGCCUCAACCGCAACGCGGAGCCGCAAGCGUCGAUCGAGAGCGGCGCCUUCACGCUCCACUACGUGAUCGUGUCCGACAUUGUGUACGUGGCCAUCACGGACCGGUCGUACCCGCGCAAGCUAGCCUUCACCUACCUGUCGGACAUCUCGACCGAGUUCUCGGGCACCUACCCGUCGGGGCAGCUGCUGUCGCCGACGCUGCGGCCCUAUGCCUUCAUGGAGUUUGACACCUUCAUCGCCCGCACCAAGGCCACCUACAGCGAUACUCGCGCCACCCAGAACCUCGACAAGGUCAACGACGAGCUGCGCGACGUCACAAAGGUCAUGACCAAGAACAUCGAGGACCUGCUCUACCGCGGCGACAGCCUCGAGCGCAUGGGCGAGCUCAGCAGCCGCUUAAGGGACGACAGCAAGAAGUACCGCAAGGCCGCCGUCAAGAUCAAUUGGGACCUCAUGCUGAAGCAGUACGGGCCCUUUGCCGCCCUGGGACUGAUCAUCCUGGUCUUCGUUUGGUGGAGAUUCUUCUAGGGGUACAUAGAGCAUGGGAAUAAGCAGCUGUCGAGCGGUUCCCCAGUGAGGGCGAGCUUCAGAUCGCUUGAGGUCAGGCACAGCUCAGUGAUCAGCAUGGAGUACGGAUUAUGGUAAACGGGACAGAUAUAGCCACGACUUUGUAUUUUGGCGUCUUAUUUGUACCUGAUUGUAACAUGAAUUAUGUGUCCGAGGGUGGGCAAUUCAUAUCGAUACCCAACACAACGCGACAUAUCAUCUAAGAAGCGUCUAUGCCUUGAGCCA